UGACAGAUCAAGGCAACAAAUUUCAAUUACAAUCCUUAAUUUGUGUCCGCAGAGUGUUUUUUUACCCAUGUUAGUCCUCUCUGGCGCAUCAGUCGAGGCAGAUCUUGGAGCAGCAGGAGGAGGUGGAGGGGGUGGGAGCAAAGGAGUGUAUCAGUGAGUGAGAGAGAGAGAGAGAGAGAGAGAGAGAGAGAGAGGAGAAGGAGAGGUUGAGAGAGACCGAGGGAAGGAAACUUGGCGGUCGCGUCGUCGCCGGUUCCUCGGAUCCCAACCCAAGCGAGAAGGACGAAACGCCAAAUUCGAUUUUUGCCCGCUGCAGGCCAGGGGACAGAUCUCGGAGACACCGAGAACUGCUCAGUUUUGGGGUCGGGCUUCCAGGAAAGCGAGUGCGCGCGUGUGCCCGCCCGAGAGUAUAUGAGAGAGGGGCGGGCGGGCGCCGGGUGGCGGGAUGGCCGAGAAGCGGAGGGGCUCGCCGUGCAGCAUGCUCAGCCUCAAGGCGCACGCCUUCUCCGUGGAGGCGCUGAUCGGCGCGGAGAAACAGCAACAGCUUCAGAAGAAGAGGAGAAAGCUGGGCGCCGAGGAAGCGGCCGGGGCCGCGGACGACGGAGGCUGCAGCCGGGGCGGCGCGGCGGCGGAAAAGGGCUCCUCGGAAGGGGACGAAGGCGCUGCGCACCCGCCGCCGGCGCGGAGCUGCGCGGACCCGGAGCGCAGCUGUGGCUCCCGCGGAGCCGCCGCGGGCAGCUGUGAGGAUGGCUUCCUGCAGGGCGCUUCCCCGCUGGAGUCCCCGGGCGGCUCCCCAAAGGGGUCCCCCUCGCCCGCCUUGGCCCGGCCCGGGACCCCGCUGCCCUCUCCGCAGGCGCCCCGGGUAGAUCUGCAAGGAGCGGAGCUCUGGAAGCGCUUUCACGAGAUCGGCACUGAGAUGAUCAUCACCAAGGCCGGCAGACGCAUGUUUCCUGCAAUGAGAGUGAAGAUCUCUGGAUUAGAUCCUCACCAACAAUACUACAUUGCCAUGGAUAUUGUACCAGUGGACAACAAAAGAUACAGGUAUGUUUACCACAGCUCUAAAUGGAUGGUGGCGGGUAAUGCUGACUCCCCUGUGCCACCCCGGGUGUAUAUUCAUCCAGACUCGCCUGCCUCUGGGGAGACUUGGAUGAGACAAGUGAUCAGCUUUGACAAGCUGAAGCUCACCAACAAUGAACUGGAUGACCAAGGCCAUAUCAUUCUUCAUUCCAUGCACAAAUACCAGCCCCGAGUGCACGUCAUCCGUAAAGACUGCGGAGACGACCUUUCUCCCAUCAAGCCUGUCCCGUCUGGAGAGGGCGUGAGGGCAUUUUCCUUUCCAGAAACUGUCUUCACAACUGUCACUGCCUAUCAGAAUCAACAGAUUACUCGCCUUAAGAUAGACAGGAAUCCAUUUGCCAAAGGCUUCAGAGACUCCGGAAGAAAUAGAAUGGGUUUGGAAGCUUUGGUGGAGUCAUAUGCAUUCUGGCGACCUUCACUACGGACUCUUACCUUUGAAGAUAUCCCUGGAAUUCCCAAGCAAGCUUCUUUUGUAGGCAAUGCAAGUUCUUCCAGCUUACUGCAAGGUACUGGGAACGGUAUUCCUGCCACCCACACUCACCUUUUGUCUGGCUCCUCUUGUUCCUCUCCUGCCUUCCAUCUGGGGCCCAACACCAGCCAGCUGUGUAGUCUGGCCCCAGCUGACUACUCUGCCUGUGCCCGCUCAAGCCUCACCCUCAACCGGUACAGUACAUCCUUGGCGGAGACCUACAACAGGCUCACCAACCAGACCAGUGAGACCUUCGCCUCACCCAGGACUCCCUCCUAUGUGGGAGUGAGCAGCAGUACCUCCGUGAACAUGUCCAUGGGCAGCACUGAUGGGGACACCUUCAGCUGCCCGCAGACCAGCUUGUCCAUGCAGAUCUCGGGAAUGUCCCCCCAGCUUCAGUACAUCAUGCCGUCACCCUCCAGUAAUGCCUUCGCUACUAACCAGACCCAUCAGGGUUCCUAUAACGCUUUCAGGUUACACAGUCCCUGUGCCUUGUAUGGUUAUAACUUUUCCACAUCCCCCAAGCUGGCUGCCAGUCCUGAGAAAAUUGUUUCUUCCCAAGGAAGUUUCUUGGGGUCCUCACCAAGUGGGACCAUGACUGAUCGACAGAUGUUACCCCCUGUGGAAGGAGUGCACCUGCUUAGCAGUGGGGGUCAGCAGAGUUUCUUUGACUCUAGGACCCUAGGAAGCUUAACUCUGUCUUCAUCUCAAGUGUCUGCACAUAUGGUCUGAUGAAGCCUUUAAGUUAAACUGUAUUUGAAUCUAUCUAAUGUAUUUUCAGUCUUUUUUAAAAGCAGCGUGAAGGAAAUUAUCUGUAGCUUGUAAAAUGUAUAUAUAAUAGAGAAUGAAGGCUCACUGAUGUUUUUUACUUUCUCAUGGUAAGAUUGUAAACUAUCUAUGGUAUAUGUGUAUACUGUAUAUAGAACGUGUGGCAUUCUGAGGCCUCUAUCUUCUCCCCUUCAUCCAGCUCCACAGAGUGUUAGCACGCAUGUAAUAUGUUUAAUCAAAUUCUUAGACUCUUUUGAAAGCAAAGUAAUAAAAUUGAAACUUGGAAAUGAUACUAACCAGAUGAAGGCUUAUAAUUUAAUUUAUCAGGAAAAUGAUCUAAGCAGUUCAUACUGAGUUUUUAUAAUCAGUCUAACUCUAACAUAGAGAGUCUUGUGAUUUCUGUAAUUCUUGGACACAGUGUGGGAACCUAAAUUGCAAAAGCCAGUUGAAGUCUUAGUAUUAGUUCUGAGAUAUUUGUAAUGUGGAUUAACUUUUACAUUCCUGCUUAUUCUUAUUUAGGGCAAAUAUUAUGUGAUUUAAGAUCUAUAAAAUUCAUAACUAACUGAAAUUAUUAUUCUAAGAAAGGUGGAAGGAAAGCUUGUGCUUUUUUUUCACAUUGUGUCAGGCAGGGAAUAAAUUUCCAGUAUUUUGGAUUUGUGGGUCAUUUUAUUUAGUUCAUCAAAUAGGCCAUAAGAGAAUAUCCUACAAACAUUCUUAAAUUCCAUUUUCUACCACAGAAGGAGGAACAUAUGAGUAAUAAAAAAAUCACUGUCAAAUUCUUUGAUUACAAUGAAAAAUGCUUCUUUUUUUAGCACAGAGAAAUAAUAUCGUCAGCUUGUUCCUUAGGCUUCAUGUAGUUUGGGUUUUCCUUAGAUACUUUUUCUUUUAUUGUAAAGCCCCCUGAUCAUGGUCUAUGAGCAAAGAAAGGACGUUUGUGCUACUUACUGUAUUUAUGGCCGGUAACUCCUACAAAUUGAAACUUUCCCCCCUCAACCUUCAUCCCCCUGCCUGAAUCUUAUCCAAAGCAGAGGGUCUUAGGCCUUUAUGGUGUAAGAGCUGCAAGGAAUUUCAGAGGGUUAUCUCCAGCAAUCUGUCUUGUGGGGGUUGUAGUGAAAGGCCAAAGCCCAUUAUUAUAAAGGCCUUCUUGGAGAACUAAGGAGGAAGAUACUAAUUAUGAUAAAAGAACUAUAAAACUUUUAACCUCAACAGCAUUUUUAACCUCCAAAAUAAAGAAAUGAAAAUAGCAUUACUUAUUUUAAAAUUUAUAAAACAAUAUAUAUGUAUAUAUAUACAUAUAUAUGUGUGUGUAUAUAUAUAAAUACAUAUAUAUACAUAUAUAUAUGUAUAUAUAUAUAUAUACAUAUAUAUAUAUAGCUUAUGAGUUCAAAAGAAGUAACUUUGAUAGCACAUUGAGAUAAAUCGGAACAGCUAAGACUACAUGAUGAAGUACAUUGCCCUUCUGUUGAGAAACUAAAAUGAUACAUCUUCCUGUCAACUGAUUGCAUUUAAUAUAUUUGACAAGCAAAACAUGCGUGAUUGCCUUUCACUGUUUCGCAGUUGCUUCCUCUCAUUCCUAGUUUAGAUGGGAAAAGGGUUAGCUCAUGAUUUGCGUCUUUACUUUAAAUGACCACCGUAGCUAGUUUGAAAAGAAUUUGCACAGAAUGUGACUCUGUUUGGAGAUACUGAAAAGUUUUUCUCAUGGAUUCUACAGGCUGUUCAUCAAGUUAAUAUUGACCUUUAAAAUUAGCAUGAAAGAACAUGAAAUAUUUUCAGUAGAUAGAUCUGUAUAAGAUUUUGUGUAGGAUAUUAAUAGCUUUGACAACAAUUUGGGAAAAACUUUGAGAAUAUCUAUUUUAGCCUUAGUUCUUGGUAUAUAUAAUAGAGAAUACUAUUCCAUUCUGAGAAGUCAAGGAAAGCAACGCUUUAUAUUCAUAUGUGUUAGUAAUCAGAGCAUUUUCUUUUUGCUGUUGAUAAUUUGAAAUGACCACAAUAUGAAUAGAAUUCUAUUAAUCUUUUUUUGGUAAAAUUUAGCAAUAUUGUACAAAUGCCGUUUCUUUUAGAUUUUACUGUAAAUAUUCAUUACCGUGUCACUUCAAAGACUAACAUUUUAUUGUUAUAUUAAAUGACAUACAUUGAUAAUUAUAAUUAUAUAACUGUAUUUUAUUAAAAAAUGCCUAAGAAAUUAUAUUAAAGUGUGUUAUUAAACCCUUU